CCUGCCCCGGACGAUCAUCCAGUGGGCGUUCAUCGAUGCGUUACGCAAUUGUGCAAGGAGAAACUCCUACCUACGCACGCUAUACCCUUCAGGAUGUCUCUGUUAGGACUGGUCAGGCAUCGCGCCACUGUAUGCACGGAUGAAAAUAGUUUGAUCCAGGCAAUUUUUAGCGGAGAAAGAGUUCCACGCUCUCGUGCCCAUUGGCUGAGGAUUAGCAAUCUUCAUGAAGAUCCUCGUAGAAAAGCAGACACACAGGCUCCGGUGUAAUUAAUGAACCGGCUCAUUCCACUGUUGAAAAGUGUCUCUCGACAUCUUCAACAGUGACACCGUAUACAAACACUAUGAUUGAACGAAAAGCGCCUCGUCCUCUCCACCACCCCUGGGAGUCCAGUACAACGGCCAUCAAGUCCCAUCCGCUUAUUUCUCGCACAUAUGACUCUAUCAUCUUCUACCGAUGGACCUCGCCGGAUGGAGUGUACGAGCGUGGCCGCAUCAUGGCACGCCUCGUUGCAGAGAUGAUGGAGAAAAACAGGCGUCAAGUCUGGUUGGAUCAGUGGGAAAUGAACAAGAACACGACCCCCGAUCAAGUAGUACGACAGAUUUCCGACAUCUUCCUACGUGUCCCAAAAGUCAUCAUUCUGGCAGCCCCGGGGGAUUGGGAUCGCUUCACCAAUGCCGAUGAUAUCCAUCGUUGGGAGUGGGAAUUAAGCUUACAGAGUGACAAGAAGAUCUGGAUUCUGCGAUAUGGGAUCCCUGAGACGACGCAGACACCUUCCAAAGAGCAGUUGGCGGCGGACCUACGAGACCACAGCCCUCGUCUGGCAGACCUUGUGAUGAAAGGGAAUAUUCAGGUGCGGGUCUUGACGAUGGACAAUCUAAACAGUGUCCUAAGUGAAUUAGCAUAAAUUAAGUAAUAGUUUUAUUCAAGUUGUGAUGCAAGCCUGUCUGUCUUCCG